AUGACCGACCGGAAUCCUGCUACCGCGGCCAAGAGUGCCAAACAGGAGCUUGCUAAAACCGACGAUGGCAAGGCCGUGAAUCGCGACAAGAGCUCCAAUACUGCCACUUCAAGCAACCAAAAGACAACACCUGCUAAAAAGAGACGCAAGGAGAGACCAUGUACUCGAUGUAUCAAACGCAAUAUUGGCCAUCUUUGCCACGAUGAGCCCCGUGAUGCCGAUUCUAAAAAGGCAAAAAGCGUCCAAAGCAGCCAGAGCAUACAGGCUCCUUCUGUAGUCGAUGAAUCUGAUGCACAAUCCGACAUGGCUCGUAGCUCCAUCUCUAGCACGAUGGGCCCACCUCCCCCGACAUUUGACACGACCAGGCAGCGAGGUUCCAAGUCCUUUGGUGGAGUUUUAAGCCAAGGCAGCCCGCUGUCCAUUGUGCAACCCGGCCAGGUCUCGGGGCUGCAGGGCAAUGAGUUGAACAACGGCGGUAGUAGUAACGCAAACCAAUUCGUAGGUUUCCAAGAUGCGUGGGUGACAGCACAAAACCAUUUUCAUGAUAUGCACAGCUACCAUCCCAACUACCUGAUUGCCCCAGAAGUCACUCACGAGUUCAAUCUUCUUAACGACUUCCUCCAUACUAGCCUACUCGAUGACGGCGGCGUUUCAUCAGAGGAUCAACAGAGCUCGGCAUUCAAAAGGUCAAGCCAGAGCCAGUCGGAGAUGCUACCCAGGUUCGGAAACAACAACAACCCCAUGACCGCUGGUGGUUCAAAUAGCAUGACAAAUAUGUCAGGAUCAAUGCUGCCACCCCCUCCGAACAAAGAAGGCAAGAACAUUCCACGACCGGGAAGUGUUGUGCCAGUCGACAAGGCCCGCGAAUAUUAUCUACAAGCUGCGGAUCCAUCGGGCAACGACACGCCUGAGGAGCGUAUGGGACGCGUGCUCCGGGCCAAGUACGACGCCGGGCUACUCAAACCGUUCAAUUAUAUCAACGGCUAUACUCGCUUGGGUACAUACCUAGACUCCCACAUCGCGGCGUCGUCCAAAUCUAAGAUUAUAAAAACCAUCAACUCGUUCCGGCCCAAGUUCCGAGAAAAGGCGCAAGCUUUGACGGAUAUGGAGCUUGUGUACGUUGAGAUGUGGUUUGAGAAACAGCUCAUGGAUUACGACCGGGUCUUUGCCAGUAUGGCCGUUCCUGCGUGCUGCUGGCGACGAACUGGUGAAAUUUUUAGGGGAAACAAAGAGAUGGCAGAAUUGAUUGGCGUGUCGGUAGCGCAACUGAGAGAUGGCAAGAUUGCGUUGCACGAGAUCCUUACUGAGGAAUCAAUGGUGCGAUAUUGGGAAGAGUUUGGCACGAUUGCUUUUGAUCCAGCGCAUGAGACCCUCCUGACGGCAUGCUCUUUAAAGAACCCCAGUCCGGAGUCAACACAUCCUAUUGUGAAAUGUUGUUUCUCGUUCAUGAUAAGACGCGAUGACCACAAGCUACCGGCUCUAAUUGUUGGGAAUUUCCUGCCGCAUGACCCACCAGCUCAAUAA